GGCUCAGUAGGAUUUACAAUUUUGAUGAUGCAGUAGCAGUAAUUUGAAAAGACUGGAGGAAAUCCUUUGGUACUGUGCACAUUCUCUCCAAGAGAAGAUAGAAGCUUCCAACUAGAUGGAAGAGCAGGGCCUGGGAGGGUAACCCUUGUGGGAGGUGGUGGCAUUUGUGUUGUGUGGUGGCCCAGGCUGCCUAACCUGUGACAGUCCUAAUGGGGCACUUUUUCUCUCCAGCAGAAGCAAAGCCAGAAAUGCGUCUCUCUCCCUGCUUCCCCCUGGCCUGCAAUCAGCACAUCCUCAUCCGGCACAUGAUUCACAACCAUUCUGCUCACAUGUCUCCAGGUGUUUGUGCAACAAAUUACCCACAGCGAAGGAGUCCUGGCCUGGAGCACCAGGAACAAGAGCAGGAAGAACUUUCCCAUCAGAGCGACCAGGGUAAUACAGCAGAAGGUCAAGAGAGAGAAGAAAACUUCCAGGCCUUCUUGAGGAGGUGUCAGACCUCAGGAGCAUCUUCUGACCCGCAGCCCACACAGGCAAUAAGUCUGGGGCAAAAGAACACAGUGGUGGAAAUAGAGAGCAGCCAAGCCCAGAGGGGAAAUCCUAAAGAAACAGGUGAAGUAUUGAAAGGAAGAGAAAAUUCAGUAUGGGAAGUGAUCACAUGUGCAGAAUGUGGGCAAGGCUUUAGCCAGAAGACAAAGCUACUUGAACACAGAAAAGCACAUUUUGGACAGAAUCUUUUAACAUGCAGGGAGUGUGGACAGGACUUUAUUGAUAAGUCAGCACUGUUCUUGCACCACAAAACACACCCAGGAGAGAAUCCUUACAUGUGCAGGGAGGGUGGGCCAGACUUUAAUAAGUCAAACCUCAUAAUAUAUAGGAGGUCACACUCUAGCAAAAAGCCUUUUGUGUGUAAGGAGUGUGGGAAAGGCUUUACUCGAAAAUCAGCCCUGAUCUCCCACCAGUGGAAACACUCAGGCCAGAAGCCUUUUGUGUGCAAGGAGUGUGGACAAAGGUUUACCCAGAAAUCAUCUCUGAUAAUCCAUCAGAGGACACACUCAGGGGAGAAGCCUUUUGUGUGCAAGGAGUGUGGGCAAGGCUUUACCCAAAAAUCAUACCUAAUCUCCCACCAGCGGAAACACUCAGGAGAGAAGCCUUUUGUGUGCAAGGAGUGUGGGCAAGGCUUUACCCAAAAGUCAUGCCUGAUCUCCCACCUGAGGACACACUCAGGGGAGAAGCCUUUUGUGUGCAGGUAUUGUGGACAAAGUUUUAGGUGGAAGACCAGUCUCCUAAGCCAUCAGAAGACACAGUCAGGGGCAAAGCCUUUUGUUUGCAGAUAUUGUGGGCGAAAUUUUAGCUUAAAGUCAAAUCUCCUAAGACAUCUGAAGACACACUCAGGUGAGAAGCCCUUUGUGUGCAAGCAGUGUGGGCAAGGCUUUAUCCAAAAAUCAUCCCUUAUCGCCCACCAGUGGAAACACUCAGGGAAGAAGCCUUUCCUGUGCAAGAACUGUGGGAAAGGCUUUACACAAAAAUCAUCCCUGAUAACCCAUGAGUGGAAACACUUAGGGGAGAAGCCUUUUGUGUGCAGGUAUUGUGGGCGAAGUUUUAGCUUGAAGUCAAAUCUCCUGAGCCAUCAGAAACUACACUCAGGGGAGAAGCCUUUUGUGUGCAAGGAGUGUGGGCGAGGCUUUAUCCAGAAAUCAUCCCUUAUCUCCCACCUGAGGACACACUCAGGAGAGAAGCCAUUUGUGUGCAAGGAGUGUGGGCGAGGCUUUAUCCAGAAAUCAAACCUCAUGUCCCACCUAAGGACACACACAGGGGAGAAACCUUUUGUGUGCAUGGAGUGUGGGCAAGGCUUUCUCCACAAGUCAUCGCUGAUCUCCCACCAGUGGGAACACUCAGGGGAGGAGCCUUUUGUGUGUAGGUAUUGUGGACGAGGUUUUCGGUGUAAGUCAAAUCUCCAGAGACAUCAGAAGACACACUCAGGAGAGAAACCUUUUGUGUGCACAUAUUGUGAGCGAGAUUUUAGCUUGAAGUCAAAUCUCCAGAGACAUCUGAAGACACACUCAGGCGAGAAGCCUUUUGUGUGCAAGGACUGUGGGCAAGGCUUUCUCCACAAGUCAUCCCUCAUUUCCCACCAGUCGGAACACUCAGGGGAGAGGCCUUUUGUGUGUAGGUAUUGUGGGCAACGUUUUCGGUGGAAGUCAAAUCUCCAGAGACAUCAGAAAACACACUCAGAGGAGAAGCCUUUUGUAUGAAGGAGUGUGGGCAAGGCUUUAUACAAAAAUCAGCCCUGAUGUCCCACCAGUGGAAACAGUCUAGGAAGAAGCCUUCUGACUAUUGUGGGCAGUUUUAGCUUUAAAUCAAAUCAGAGACUUCAGAAGGUACACUCCAGGGAGAAGCCUGUUGUGUACAUGGAGUGUAUCUAACGCUUAACGCAAAAAUCAUCCCAAUGUCCCACAAGUGGAAACAACUAGUGAGAAUCUGUGUCUGUACUGAGUGUAGGAGAAAAUCCCACAGCUUUCCGGGAGAGCAGGCACCAGAGUACCGACAAGUCAUACUGCAGUAGGCGAAGACACACUUAGGAGAGAAGCAGUUGUGUGAGGAAUAUGCACGAGGCCUUACUUAAUAGUCAUCCCUCCCAUGGCCCCAAUGCACACAUGGAGAAAAGAGCCUGUGGGUCCUGCAGGGUGAGAAAGAUAAGUCAUAAUCACACCUGUGGAUAACAAAGGUUUCAAUCAGCAGAGAAGCACUUAUGUGGACAGUGUGGACAAAGCUUUAGUUAGAAGCCAACAGAUGCAGAAGAAAGCUGGUCACCACAUACCCCAUCCCCAUCCAAACUCCAGAGAAACAGUGGGAGCCCUGUAACUACACAUACAUAAGUAGCAAUUACUGCAAUUUCUCUGUUAAGGGGCUUCCUUAGGGGAAGUGUCAAGAUGCAGUGAACUGAUGGUUGAGCAUCUGCACCUCAGAGUGUGCCUCUGGUGGUCUGCCCUUUCCAUCCAGUAACUGCUGCUUAACAAAGCUACAGCUGAGCCCGUGACCUCACAGAUGCUCCAUGCAGGCUGAGGGGAUCCACAGGGCUACCAAGAUUGAACUUGGAGAUGUUCCCCAUGCACGAGGAAAGAUCUGGUCUUGUGCCUGACCAAGUUUCCCAUGGGCUGCUCUGAACCAGUGACAAAAGCCUGGGGAUAAGGGCAGGCCUGUUGCUGAUGUGCCCUCCCUGAGCCUACCCAGCAUCCCAGGGCUUUCCCACCAAACGCUCCUGUUGCCUCCCCUCUCAGCCGGCCUUACCUCCUCCCCACGUUCUCACACACAUUUUGUCUCCAGAUAAAAACCUUGUUUUAUUCAGUUU